AUGCCCGGCCGUCCUUCGACAGCAGCGCUCCACUCGGAUGCCGUCGCAGGCCCCUCCAAGAAGAGCAGCAGCAACAACAGCCGCAGCUCCGGGAUCGCCUCGACCUCGUUCCGCACGCUCGACCGCGAGAACGGAUUCCGCGACCCGUCGACCAUCUCGGCCCAAUACCCCGCCGCGCAAGCCCUGGUCGCACCCCAUAUCGAUUCCUUCGAUGCGCUGUUCGAAGGUGCUCCCUUGGGACCCGGUGGCGAGCUCGAACAUGGCAGAGGCUUGCUCGAUAUGGGCGUGUUGGACUUGGACCCCAAGGUCAUUUUCGAUGGGCAAGGUCCCGAAGGCUCGUUGGGCAAUCGGUUGCAGAGUGGGUUGCAGGAGCGCUCUCGUUCGGUCGCCCGUACCGUCACUAAUGAGGGUGUCGUAUUCUGACCGACAGUCAAAAUCGACAACUUGACUGUCGCCCGGCCCAUGGUCCCGAUCAAAGGUGUCGGAUCAGCUCAGCGACGAGUCUACCCCAGCGAGGUGAGACUUCGCAUGCCGAGCUCGCUUUCCCCGUUCUGAUCUCAACUUUGGAUCGUCCGUCAGGCCCGGGAACGCUUGGCGACGUAUGCGUCCAAAAUGACGGCCAAGGUGUCGUGGUCCCUCAACGGAGUGCCCGCCGGAGAAACCACGCGAGAACUCGGCAACAUGCCCAUGAUGGUCAAGGUGCGUUCCUCUCGGCGACCGAGCCAAUCAGUCCUUUUCGAGUGUUGGCUCACUCGUCUUUGUUGUCAUAGUCCACUCGAUGCAACCUCAAAGGACUCGCACCCGCCGGAAUGGUCGAGCACCACGAAGAGGCCGAGGAGAUGGGAGGCUACUUCAUCAUCAACGGUAACGAACGAUUGAUUCGUUUCCUCAUCGUACCGCGACGGAACCACGUCACGUCCAUCAUCCGACCCUCCUUCGGGAACCGAGGAGCGGCCUACACCCAGUACGGUGUCUCCAUCCGCUCCGUACGACCCGAUCAGACGUCCCAGACCAACACGCUCCACUACCUCUCCAACGGCGGCUCGACCCUGCGCUUCAGCUGGAGGAAAGCAGAGUACAUGGUGCCCGUCGUCAUGGUUCUCAAGGCGCUCGUCGGCGCGACCGACAAGGAGAUAUUCAUGGGUAUCCUCCAGAACGACUUCCAAAACACCUUUUUGACCGAUCGGGUCGAGUUGCUCUUGCGCGGCUUCAAGACCUACGGCCUCUUCACGCAACAGCAAUGCCUUGCCUUUUUGGGUGAAAAGUUCAGGGUCGUACUGCAGUGCCCCGAGGACUGGACGGACGAGCGCGUCGGUCAAUUCCUGCUCGACAAGAUCGUGCUGGUGCACCUCAAGGACCCCCGCGACAAGUUACGCAUGCUCUUUUUCAUGAUCCGCAAGCUGUACGCCCUCGUCGGAGGCGACUGCUGCGCCGACAACCCGGAUUCGCCCCAACAUCAAGAAAUCCUCAUGCCCGGGUUCCUGUACGGCAUCAUCAUCAAGGAGAAGCUCGACGAAUACGUUAACGGCAUCAAGCUGCAGAUCCAACAGGAUAUUCGGCGGAAGGUCCCUUCGUGCGAACUGAGCGACAACAACUACAUCCUCAAGACAAUUCAGAGGGUCAACGCCGACAUUGGCCAAAAACUCAACUACUUUCUCGCGACGGGAAAUCUCGUCUCCCCCUCGGGGUUGGACCUGCAACAAGCGGCGGGGUACACGAUCGUCGCGGAGAAGCUCAACUUUACGCGUUACAUCUCGCAUUUCCGUUCCGUCCAUCGUGGUGCCUUCUUUGCGGAACUCAAAACGACGACCGUACGAAAACUGCUACCCGAAGCAUGGGGGUUCUUGUGCCCCGUUCAUACCCCCGAUGGAUCCCCCUGUGGUCUGUUGAACCAUUUCGCACACAAGUGCCGUUUGGUGCAUUCGCACCUCCAGGUCUCGCACCUCCCUGUCCUCUUGACUUCGCUCGGCAUGUCGCAACCUUUCGACCCUUCGAUCGACGGGCGUCAAACUGUCGUUAUCCAACUCGACGGUCGCAUCAUCGGGUACGCAACCCCUGACCUGGCGUCCAAGAUGGCGACAAUCCUCCGACUGUGGAAGACCCAAGGCGAAUACGACGUCCCUCUCGAUCUCGAGAUUGGGCUCGUCCCUACCUCGAAGGGAGGCCAAUACCCCGGCUUGUACCUCUUCGCCUCCCGCGCACGCAUGAUGCGAGAUGUCAAGUAUCUCGGGAACGGCAAGACCGAUUCUGUUGGACCUUUCGAACAGGUCUACCUCAAUAUUGCUUGUAUGCCUGAAGAGGUCGAACAGGGGGUUACGUCCCAUAUCGAGUUUUCGCCGACGAACGUCUUGUCCCUCUUGGCGAACUUGACGCCGUUUUCGGAUUAUAACCAGUCGCCUCGUAAUAUGUACCAAUGGUAAAUGCGAUUCAGACGGAUGCUUUUUUUACGGCUGCUGACAUGUGGCUUCGUUCCUUCUCCUAGUCAAAUGUCAAAACAAACGAUGGGAACGCCUUCGACGGCGUUGCAACGCCGCACAGACAACAAGUUGUACCGCCUGCAAUGCGGUCAAACGCCGAUCGUGCGCCCGUUGCUGCACAACGACUAUGGCAUGGACGGGUAUCCGAACGGUACGAACGCGAUCGUCGCCGUCAUCUCCUACACGGGUUACGAUAUGGAAGACGCCAUGAUCCUCAACAAGUCCGCGCACGAACGUGGCUUCGCCCAUGGGUCGGUUUACAAGUCGCAGAUCAUCGAUCUCAAGAAUGUGCGAGGGGAUAAAGGAUCGGGUGGAGCGCCAGAGGUUCAUUUUGCGAUGGGGAACGACGUGCGCCUCGAUAGUGACAAACGUAACACCAUUGACGACGAUGGCUUACCUUUCCUCGGCGUCAAGGUCAAGCAACGCACGCCGAUUUGCGCCUACUUUGAUCGUACGACGGGGACGACCAAGUUUGAGAAAUACAAGGGUGAUGAAGAGGCCUACGUCGAUGAAGUGCGCUUGAUUGGCUCGGACUCGGGGGACGCCGAAGCGCAAAAGUUGCACAUCAAGUUGCGCAUCCCUCGUGCGCCCGUGAUCGGUGACAAGUUCUCGUCCCGACACGGACAAAAGGGUGUGUGUUCGCAGAAGUACCCCGCGGUCGAUAUGCCCUUCUCGGAAUCGGGGAUGCAACCCGAUGUCAUCAUCAACCCUCACGCGUUCCCUUCCCGAAUGACGAUUGGGAUGUUCGUCGAAUCGAUCGCCGCCAAAGCUGGGGCAUUGCACGGUCUGGCCCAGGACGGCACGCCCUUCAAUUUCUCCGAGGACGAUACCCCGGCCGAAUACUUUGGCCAACAACUCAAAGCGGCCGGAUACAACUUUUACGGCAACGAGCCCAUGUAUUCGGGUAUCACCGGGGAAGAGUUCCACGCGGACAUUUACCUCGGCGUCGUCUAUUACCAACGCCUGCGUCACAUGGUCAACGAUAAAUGGCAAGUACGCACGACUGGCCCGUUGGACCAAGUUACUCGACAACCGGUCAAAGGACGCAAGAGGGGCGGUGGCAUUCGAUUCGGCGAGAUGGAACGCGAUGCCUUGUUGGCCCAUGGCACGAGUUACCUGCUCCAGGAUCGACUGAUGAAUUGUUCGGAUUAUUCGACGUGUUGGGUCUGUCGGUCGUGUGGGUCCAUGGUCUCGUUGGGGUACGAACCGGUUGCGUUGUCGAGGGAGAUCACGUUGGGAACGGGGGACGAUUACCUUUCGACGGGACCGGGUGGGGAGUAUUGUAUGGUUUGUCGAGGGCAGGGCAAGGACAGGGAGGAGAAGGUGAAGGAGGGGAAGAAGGGAGCGAUCAAGGUGCAGAGGCUCGGGCAGAAGGGUCAGUUGGAAGUGGUCGCCGUGCCGUUUGUGUUUAGGAUGUUGGUCGCCGAAUUGGCGUCGAUGGGGAUCGCGAUUCAGGUUGGGGUCGAUGGGUAG